AUGUUGAAUGUGACCAAUACUAGCCACUUAGUCACUUUCUUUACCCUCCCCUUUACCUUCUUUGACCAGACUGGAGAACUUGUCGAACUGUCAAACCAGCAGUUAAUUGAUUGUUCGUGGCCCGUAGGGAAUCACGGGUGUCGUGGGGGAUUCCAAGACAGAACUCUGAGAUGGGUGAAACGCAAUGGCGUGGCUUUGAGGCGAGAUUAUGGACCUUAUCUUGCUCAAGAAGGAUUCUGUCAUUGCGGCAAGUCUGAUAACUGCACCUUCGCUCACAUUAGUGGUUUCGUCAAAGUUAAGAAAAAUAAUUCGGACGCGCUGCGACUCGCCCUAGUCACACACGGUCCGAUCGCGUCCUCCGUAAACUCGGACAGAAAGACAUUCAGGUUUUACAGCCACGGAAUUUACGAUGAUCCAAAAUGCGGGAAAAAAACAGAUCAUGCUGUAUUAACUGUGGGUUAUGGUGUGGACAAAGAAGUUCCUUACUGGAUCAUCAAAAACUCGUGGGGACACCUGUGGGGAGAUGACGGUUACAUUAAGGUUGCAAUGAAUAAUGACCGGUGUGGCGUCACUAAUGGGCCUUUGUUAGCCGUCAAAAAGGAUCCCUCAACUGCCGAGUUCCCGUUGAAGGAACUAAAUAAGGUUCCCAGACAGAGCAUUAAGUAUUUUUCUGAGGAAGAAUUGUCCAUUAUUCCUUUCUAAGAGAUGAGAGCAAAUUUUCAA